AUUUUAAUCCAUUAUUAUUUUGUAGUAAUCUCUAAAUUUCACACGGCAGGUUGCGCUAGUCCCGAGGAUCUUGCCGAAGAGCUGGAGGAGGCCAUAUUUCAAGAGUUCAAAAACACAGACAUGCGUUACAAGAACAGAGUUCGUUCUCGCAUCGCUAAUCUGAAAGACGCGAAAAAUCCGACGUUGCGCACCAAUUUCCGCAUAGGCGCGAUAACGGCGUCGCGCCUAGCCGUCAUGACUGCCGAGGAAAUGGCGAACGACGAAGUCAAACAGUUACGCGAAAAGUUCGCCAAAGAGGCGAUUAACGACGCGCAAUUGGCGACCGUGCAAGGGACUAAAACAGAUUUACUUAAAUGCGGAAAAUGCAAAAAGCGUAAUUGUACGUACAAUCAAAUCCAAACGAGAUCUGCGGAUGAACCUAUGACUACAUUUGUACUGUGUAAUGAAUGCGGUAACAGAUGGAAGUUUUGUUAAAUGUAGGUAUAGUAAGGAACUGUCGAAAGGUGAAACAUCAGGUUUUGCGAUUGGUACAAUUUUAGAAUUUUACCGUUUAACAUUUAUUUUAUUUAAUGAGUCACUGUAAAAAGAAAUUAGCUGGCACUGUAUACAAUUAAACAUUUGUUAUUA